CUUAUCUUAAACAUUCAGACUGUUAAUGAUUUUUAGUCUUAUUUCUGGUAAUUCUUUAAAUCUUUCUUUUAUAUGUACUUUAUCUGACAAAAUAUGGAGAAUAAAGAAAACAAUGAGAAGCUAUUAAAUUGUAUGAUAAAAGGUCCUGGUCCUAAGUAUAAAUUAAGGACUUUAGUUGGAUACGAAGAACAUUGUCUUUCUCGAAAGAGAGGUCCAGCUUAUACUAUAAGACCUCGUACAGAGCUUCAUAUGCGAAGUAUUGGUCCUGGACCACAAUACAAUGUUUCAAAACUGACAAAAUAUGGAGUAGAUAAGCCACCUGCAUAUACAAUAGCUCCUCGAGAACCUUUUAGAUUAAGAGAUUCAGGACCAGGACCAGGAGCACAUUACCCAGAAUUAUGUCUUCCAAUGAAUCAUGAUGUUAGACCUCCUGCUUACACUAUUAAAUCAAGAACUAAAAAAGGACUAAGCGAUAGUGGGCCUGGUCCAAAUGUGUACAUUUUACCUUCAUGUAUAGGACCUAAAAUUCCUGACAAAGAAGCUCAAGGUGCUUUUUCCAUAUCUGGCCCGCAUAAAAUACGCCAAGAAGAUGUUGGCCCAGGACCAGCAGCAUACACAAAUAUACGAACUGACCUUAUAAAACAUAGCUCUCCAGCAUUUAGUUUAAAAUGGAGAUAUCACAGAAUAGAUACAGAUGUAAGUCCAAUGCCAUAUUUUCCACAGUAUAAUAAAGGAAGACGAGCACCUACCUACUCCUUUGGUAUAAAACAUAGUGAAUGUGCUGGAAUACCUAUCACAGAAUUAGAUGAAGAUUGAUGUUGUAUAUUUAAUUUUAUAAAUUACUAAGAAGUGUCUACUUAAUGUUUAUACAAUGGUUUUAUACAGAAUAUUUACAAUAUUUGUAAUGUCAAAUUUUUAUAAUU